CGGCCAUUCAGUCAAAUAGCAACUUUUGAACAAUACGUUCGGUCGGUCGGUCGCAUGAACUUACCAACGCUGGUCGCUUGAACGAGAUCAGUGGUGGAGCGCUUGUUUCCAAAGACGGUAGCUUAAAAACUCUAAUUCCGACAAAAUAAUAAAACCAUAACACUCACAAAAAUACAUUUACCCAACGCCUUUUAACGAUCUGCCGAGCCGUUGUGGCUGCUACCGCUGUUGUUGUUGGUUCAUUAACAUUUUUACGAGCAAACAUUUUUUCGGGUACGUUUCCAUAGGCUCCAAAAAGUGCAACCAACCAGCAACACGUCGCAAUAGUCAGUCCGUCAGUUCGUCACUCUGUCAGUCAGUUAUUAAGUGCAGCAGAAGGCCAUUAAAAACCCCCAAUAGAUAAAAUACCAGCAACUUGUUGGCUGGCUGUGCUGUGCCGUGGUGUUGGGUAGGUAGGCAAAAUUGCCAGUUGUUGGCCUCUGUGUCCGCCAAGAUUGCUGUAGUCAUACGGCUGCAACCAUUAUGACGUCUAAAUUAUGCUUUGGCCUUGUCUUGGCCAUACUGCUGCCGGUGAACUUGUGCAUUGGUGUGCACCUCAAUGCUGCCGGCCAUCGUUUGCAUGGGCACGUGCAGACGCAUGCGCAUGGUCAUGUUCGGCGAUCAUCGUUGGAAGUGGUUAAGCAAUGGAAAGUCUUCACAUACAACUUCCUGCCUCAUGCUCCGGUCCAAGAUGUGAACUUUUAUAAUCCAGCGAAUAUUUUAUCCACCGGUUUGGCGGUUAUGAAUGAUCGCAUCUUUAUGGCCACGCCCAAGUUGUUUGCUGGGGUACCAUCAACGCUGAGUUGGAUUUCCCGGGGAGAGUUCGAUGAGUCACCUGUCUUGAAUGCCUACCCGGAUUGGUCAUACUCCACCACUGGACGCACUGACUUUAAUUGCAGCGACUUGGUUCUGGUUUCGGUUUAUCGCAUGCGCGUCGAUUCUUGUGGUCGUUUAUGGGUUUUGGAUGCUGGUAUUUCACGUUCCCUCGAGGAUUAUGAGAAAACCUGUCCGCCCAAGAUCUUGGUGUUUGACGUCAAAACAAAUCAAGUGGUGCGGCGCAUCGAUUUUCCUGCUGGCGUCCUCAGAGGCGAGUCGUUGUUUACCAAUCUGGUAAUUGAUGAGACAACGGCCAAGGCAGGCACUUGCGAUAAUGUGUUUGUCUAUAUAUCGGAUACAGUGGAACCGGGUAUUGUUGUGUACGACAGUGUACGCGACACCACAUGGAGAGUGACGCAUCCAGCCAUGUAUCCGGAUCCAGAUUUUGCCGAGGCUAAUAUUUUAAAUGAUCGAUUUGUGCUAAUGGAUGGCGUUGUUGGUUUCACAUUCGAUCCACAAAAGGCCAUCGUGUAUUUCCAGCCAUUUGCAACAGAUAGAAUAUUUUCAGUGACCCGCGAAGUAUUGCGUGCCGGACCCAUAGCCAUCAAUCAAGUCUUGCCCGUUAAGUUGGUGGGCAAGAAAUCGUCGCAGGGCAUUAGUUUGGCCGUAUCUCCCAUAGAUGGCAGCAUUGUUUUCAGCCCAGUGACAGAAACUGCUGUGGCCACCUGGAAUCCCAUAACCAAUGAGCAGCAUAUUUUGGCCCAAGAUACCACCCAUUUGCAAUUUGUAUCGGAUAUGACAGUAACCGAACACGACAGGGGUUAUGUUUAUGUCGUAUCCUCGAAAUUCCAUCGAUUCUUUUUGAAAAAUCUCGAUAAAGAAGAAUUUAAUAAUCGGAUUAUCCGCAUACCUCUGCCAGGAGGAGCGAAGGCGGCAGUGGCACAAUUUCCACAAAGUUAUCAAACCAGUUCUUUCCCCGGUCUACCAGUACCGUUGACUUUGAGUAACUAUUAUCAACUUACAAACUCCCUACAACCCAAGGCCAUAAGUCAUCAUGCUCUGGAUAAUGGCUAUUUCUCACGACCCUCGGGCACAAGUCAUCCCUAUGAGUUUGAAAAUGCGGGCAUCAUUAAUUAUUCGCUAAAGAAUCCUUUUAAUAAUCUUAAUCAAGGUGAAUCAUUCCCACCACCCAAGGAGUCCAGAAAUCAGGAUCAAUAUUCGUUUUUGGAAAGUCUUGCAGAAUCGCCCACACAUCCAACAUCCAUUCCGCCAAUUUUCUAUCAUCAAAGACAUGUGCGAAAUGUCAAAGGCGCCACGAAACACUAACCAAUAUUAAACAAUUUCUAUUUCCAUCUCCCUUACAUAAGUAAAGAACUCCUUCCUUCCAUCCUUCAUAUGUAUGUACAAUAAGAAUGUGUCGUUUCAAAAAGCAAAUGCAUCAGUUCAAAUCAGUGUAAAUUUAUAACAAAUAUCGUAACUCGCUUUUACGAGCAGUGUGUGAGUGUUGUGCAAAAGCAGAGCAUACCUUAAGGCGCCAUCACAUUAUCAAAUACUUGCCAGUAGCAGCACAACGAGGAGUCGUGGUGUGGUAACGAAAAAAAAAGAAACGUGUAAAUAUUUAAAAUUCGUUUAAACUGUUAUACUGUCAUAAGUGUGUGUAAAUAAAUUA